AUGGCGGCCAUACCGAUUAUCGUCAAGCACGCCGGCAAGCGCCACGAAAUCGAGCUCGAUCCUACCUCGAACGGCGAAACACUCAAAUACCAACUCUUUUCCUUGACGGGCGUGGAACCCGAUCGCCAGAAGGUUUUGGUGAAAGGCGGCCAGCUCAAAGAUGAUACCCUUCUUUCGACACUCAAUGCCAAACCCGGACAGACGUUUAUGAUGAUGGGCACACCGUCCGGAGGCCAAGGUUCCGCUGACCUUGGUCGGCCGAAGGAGACAGUCAAAUUCCUGGAAGAUAUGACCGAGGCCGAGGUAGCCCAACAGGAGGGGGCCACCCCUGCUGGUUUGCAGAACCUGGGGAACUCAUGCUAUCUCAACUCUACCCUACAAACUUUGCGGAGUGUUCCAGAGCUUCAAGAAGAGCUCUUUAAAUAUCGCCCAACUGGCGGAGCUGGACAACCCACUCUGUCCGAUCUCAGCAGCUUCGGUAUUGGUGGACUUGGAGGCUCUCGGGAUUUGGCCGCUUCUCUACGAGACCUCUUCAAGCAAAUGUCUGCGACUCAGGAGGGCAUUCCUCCUCUGAUGUUCCUUAACUCCCUCCGAUCCGUUUUUCCUCAAUUUGCCCAACGUGAUCGCAAUGGGCAAGGAUACGCUCAACAGGAUGCCGAAGAAGCUUUCUCUCAGAUUAUCAACCAGUUGCGGGCCAAGUUGACUAUCACCGAUGGCGAGGGGGAGUCUGCUACAACUACCUCAUUUGUGGACAAAUACCUCGCAGGCCAAUUUGAGUCAGUCACUGAAUGCGACGAUCCCGCCGCCAAGGAACUCGGCGAGGAGCCGACUCAAAGUUCCGAUGUUUUCUACAAGCUGGAUUGCCAUAUCGGAAAAGAAACCAACCACCUGCAAGAUGGAAUUCUGGCUGGCCUGGAAGAGCAGAUUGAGAAAAAUUCCCCUCUUUUGGGGCACAAUUCUGUGUACAAAAAGCGGUCACGCAUCGCACGGCUCCCUAAGUAUCUAACGGUGCAUUUUGUUCGAUUCUUCUGGAAGCGUGAGACCCAAAAGAAGGCUAAGAUCAUGCGCAAAGUUACAUUCCCUGCCGAGUUGGAUGUUGUGGAGUUCUGUACCGAGGAUCUGCGGAAGCAGCUUAUCCCUAUUCGUGACAAGGUUCGCGAGAUUCGCAAGGAGGAAGUGGACGUUGAGCGUGCUCAAAAACGCCAAAGAGUUGCUGAAGAGCGCGCGGAGCGCCAGCAGAAAGAGGCUGGCCUGAGCGAAAGCGUGGAGCCGAUGCAGAAGAAGAAGGCUACUGAGGAAAACAAGGGUAAAGCUCAAGAUAAGGACGGGGAUAGCCAGAUGGAGGAAACUUUCAAGACCGAUGCGGAAUACGAAGCAGAGAAAGCGGAAUCGAUCCGCGUUGCUAAGAAGGAGCUCCAAGAGCUCCUCCGCCAACGGGGUGCUGGAGACAACGGAACCAACCAGUCUGGUUUGUAUGAGCUUCGCGCUGUGAUUACGCACCAGGGUGCUAGUGCCGACAGCGGUCACUACACGGCAUAUGUGAAGAAACAGGAGCGCGAUGAGCCCCAAACAGGUAGCAAGCGUCGCGAGGCGGAUGACAAGUGGUGGUGGUUCAACGACGACACCGUGACUGAGGUAGAGGCACAGAAGAUCGAGACCCUUUCGGGAGGUGGUGAAUCGCACUCUGCCCUUAUUUGCCUCUACCGCGCGAUUGACCUACCUAAGGCCGAGUAA